AUGCAGGAAGCUGAAAGAAAUUCACAAAAGAAGUGGAGUCCUGUGGUGGAGAUGAAAUACCGAGGAGGGAUAUACAAUGGCCGUUGCCAAGGAGGUCUCCCUGAAGGGAAGGGUCGUGUAUCUUUCGGGGAUGGAAGCGUAUACAAUGGCAUGUGGCGAUAUGGUAAGAGAUCAGGUCUCGGUACUUUCUACUUCAGUAAUGGGGAUGUGUUCCAGGGAUCUUGGAGAGACGAUGCUAUGCAUGGCAAGGGAUGGCUUUAUUUUCGCACUGGGGAUCGGUGGUUUGUGAAUUUUUGGAAGGGAAAGGCCAAUGGGGAAGGACGCUUCUAUUCAAAGCUUGGUGACGUUUUCUUUGGCCAUUUUAAAGAUGGCUGGCGGCAUGGCCACUUUCUCUGUAUCAAUGUCAAUGCAGCAAGGUGUCUGGAGAUUUGGGAUGAGGGUGUUCUGGUAAGCCGUAAGCAGUUGGAUUCUGAUGCUGGUGCUGGAUAG